AUGUACACUAGAAGGAAAGAUCUUGGCUCGCAUGUUAAAAUUUUUGAGAUACAAACGAAUCUCCAAGGGGUUAGAGACGAUGUUCGUUGUAGGAUCUUUCCUGCCACUUUAUCCGAUAUUGCUCCACAAUGGUUCUUUAAACUAGAGUUAGAAACCAUUACAUCCUGGGAUACAUUUGUGAGGCUCUUUUACUCACAGCUCUUUGCUGCUCGUAUCCCACCUGUUGAACUCAACGGCCUUGUUGACAUUAAGCAAGUACCAAAUGAGCCUCUGAAGGACUACGUGCAGAGGUUCAUGCAAGAGGCUGCCCAAUCAAAGACGGUCAGUGACGAGGGAAAAUUGAUGGCCAUCACAGCUGAAAUCCAAAUAAAGGGUCCCUUAUGGACUAACUUAAGAAGGAAAACCGUUUACUCAACAAGAGAGUUCUUAGAUCGAGCAGAUGAGUUCAUUAAACCAGAAGAGGCCAACCAAUAA